AUGGCUCCAAUUACCUCCAAGAAAGCUAAGGCUGCUAAGAAAUUCGUCGUUGAUACCUCCGCUCCAGUUGAAAAUGGUGUUUUUGACCAAGAAGGUUACGUUAAGUACCUUGUUGAACAUAUCAAGGUUGAAGGUAUUGUUGGUAACUUAGGUGAUGAAAUCUCUGUUACUUCCGAAGGUACCAAGGUUGUUGUUGUUUCUAACACCAAGUUCUCUGGUAAAUACUUAAAGUACUUGACCAAGAGAUACUUAAAGAAGAACCAAAUCAGAGAUUGGAUUAGAUUUGUUGCUGUUAAGCAAAACCAAUAUCAAUUACAAUUCUACUCUGUCGCUGAAGACGAAGAAGAAGAAGACGAAGAAUAA